UAUCGAAAUCCAACGCUGGGCUCUGCUAUUUAAAUCCCCUUCAUCUGCCCCCUUUGAAUCAAAGAAGGAAAUAGAGAUUGUGAUCUGUAAUCAUCUUACUGUUGUGGUGCAAUGGCGGAAGCCGAAACGUUCGCAUUCCAGGCGGAAAUCAACCAGCUCCUUAGCCUCAUCAUCAACACCUUCUACAGCAACAAAGAAAUCUUCCUUCGCGAACUUAUCAGCAAUGCCUCUGACGCUCUGGAUAAAAUCCGAUUUGAGAGUCUCACCGAUAAGAGCAAGCUGGAUGCUCAGCCAGAGCUCUUCAUUAGAUUGCUCCCUGACAAGGUUAACAAGACGAUCUCCAUCAUCGACAGUGGCGUCGGCAUGACCAAAGCAGAUUUGGUGAACAAUUUGGGAACCAUUGCACGGUCUGGCACCAAGGAAUUCAUGGAGGCCUUGCAGGCUGGUGCUGACGUCAGCAUGAUCGGUCAAUUCGGCGUUGGUUUCUACUCCGCCUACCUCGUCGCCGAGAAAGUAAUCGUCACCACCAAGCACAACGACGAUGAACAAUACAUUUGGGAAUCGCAAGCCGGUGGCUCCUUCACCGUUACUAGGGAUGUCAAUGGCGAACAACUCGGAAGAGGAACUAAGAUUACCUUGUUCCUCAAGGAAGAUCAGUUGGAGUACUUGGAGGAGAGGAGGAUUAAGGAUCUUGUGAAGAAACACUCUGAAUUCAUUAGCUACCCUAUUUACCUCUGGACGGAGACGACGACUGAGAAAGAGAUCAGUGAUGACGAGGAUGAUGAGCCCAAGAAGGAAGAGGAGGGGGACGUUGAGGAGGUUGAUGAAGAAAAAGAGAAAGAGAAGGACGGUAAGAAGAAGAAGAAGAUUAAGGAGGUUUCUCACGAGUGGCAACUCAUUAACAAGCAGAAACCAAUCUGGUUGCGCAAGCCAGAGGAGAUUACCAAGGAGGAAUAUGCGUCAUUCUACAAGAGUCUCACCAAUGACUGGGAGGACCACUUGGCCGUUAAGCAUUUUUCAGUGGAGGGUCAGCUUGAGUUCAAGGCCAUUUUGUUUGUGCCCAGAAGAGCACCUUUUGAUUUGUUCGACACCAGGAAGAAGAUGAACAACAUCAAGCUGUAUGUUCGGAGGGUGUUCAUUAUGGACAACUGUGAAGAGCUCAUUCCGGAGUAUCUUGGAUUUGUCAAGGGUGUGGUUGACUCUGAUGAUCUCCCACUCAACAUCUCUCGCGAGAUGCUGCAGCAGAACAAGAUCCUCAAGGUGAUCAGGAAGAACCUUGUGAAGAAGUGCAUUGAGAUGUUCAACGAGAUCGCGGAGAAUAAAGAGGAUUACAACAAAUUCUAUGAUGCUUUCUCGAAGAACUUGAAGCUGGGGAUCCAUGAGGAUAGCCAGAACAGAGCGAAGUUGGCUGAUUUGCUCAGGUACCACUCUACGAAAAGUGGGGAUGAAAUGACGAGCCUGAAGGACUAUGUUACAAGAAUGAAGGAGGGUCAGAAGGAUAUUUACUACAUCACCGGAGAGAGCAAGAAGGCCGUGGAGAAUUCUCCGUUUUUGGAGAGACUCAAGAAGAAGGGCUAUGAGGUGCUCUUCAUGGUGGAUGCUAUUGACGAGUAUGCUGUUGGGCAGCUGAAGGAGUAUGACGGGAAGAAGCUGGUGUCUGCUACCAAGGAAGGGUUGACGUUGGAUGACGAGAGCGAGGAGGAGAAAAAGAAGAAAGAGGAGAAGAAGAAGUCUUUUGAGGAGCUCUGCAAGACAAUUAAGGAGAUAUUGGGAGACAAAGUUGAGAAGGUGGUUGUCUCUGAUAGAAUUGUUGAUUCCCCAUGCUGUUUGGUGACUGGGGAGUAUGGUUGGACUGCGAAUAUGGAGAGGAUCAUGAAGGCUCAGGCGUUGAGGGAUAGCAGCAUGAGUAGCUACAUGUCUAGCAAGAAGACCAUGGAGAUCAACCCGGACAAUGGAAUCAUGGAGGAGCUGAGAAAGAGGGCUGAAGCUGAUAAGAAUGAUAAGUCAGUGAAAGACCUCGUGUUGCUACUCUUUGAGACAGCACUCUUGACUUCUGGUUUCAGCCUUGAUGAUCCCAACACGUUUGCUGCUAGAAUUCACAGGAUGCUGAAGCUCGGUCUCAGCAUCGAUGAAGAGGAGACUGGUGGGGAUGAAGAUAUGCCUCCACUGGAGGAGGAUGGUGCCGAGGAGAGCAAGAUGGAGGAAGUUGACUAAGGCCAUGGGAUGUGUUUGAUAUUGAUAGUAUGUUUGUGGGGUGUUAGUCUUACAAUUGGUGGUGGGUGCGUCUGAGAGUCUGUCUAUAGAGUGUGUUUUCUUGUCUUUGGUAGUAGUUCUGUGGUGUCAAUAUGUGUUCUGUUGUGUGCGUAUGACUGGUAUAAAUAUCAAUGAAGAGGAUCAUGUGAAUUUCUCCUAAA